AUGAGCGCUGGAACUGUGGUGAUAUCAGGAGGAAUUUUAGCUGCUGUGAUUCUGCUGUGUAUCAUCACUGUGCUGUGUUACUGCAGACUGCAGCAUUACUGCUGUAAGUGUGAUGUCCCAGAGUCAGUUGCUGCUCCAGUGUUGGACUCUCGUCCUCAUAUCCGCUGUGACGUCUGCAGUGUGGAUGGAGUCACGAGGACCCUGCUGCCCUUGACCUUUGACCCCAGUGUGACCCACAGCUGCUGUCCCACCUGCUCGCUGGACUAUCACCAUGACGACAUGUGUAACAGGAACAUGUGGCUCACUGUCAGUCACAGAGGACCAUGUGAGGGCGUCACUGCACUCGGCACGGCGGCCAUGAUGAACUUCUACACCAACACACAUGCCAUCAGCACUGAUGUCUGACCUCUGACCUCUGACGCUCACAGAUGACAGCAGUUCUGUUUCCUUCUGUUAUUACAUAAAGUUAUCAGUU